UCGAAACUUAAAUAUGCCGUCUCCUUCACUUCAGAUGGCUUCCAGAUUGUUCCACUGCAUCACCAUUUCCAUCUCUUGAGGUUCUUUUUCUCCGCGUCUGCUGGUUAGACUUCUUUGAGCUGGCACUCGAUUCUAUUCUUUGGUUCCCCACUACCUCCCAAGAACCCCAGAAUGGCACCCCUCUCCUGGCGGCAGGCCGUCGUGGCCGCGCUCUUCUUCAGCGCCGCACACACGGCGCAUGUCCGACCCAGACAGAUCCUCGUUCCGGUCGGCAACGUUCAAGGUGUUGGCGCAGGCCAGAACCAAGCCCUCCUGGCCCAGCUGCAGGAAAUUAUCCAAGGCCUGCUCAGCGGGAAUCUCAACCUUGGAGGGGCCCUUCCGGGGGUCACCACGACAGAAGCCGCUACGGCGGUGGCUACGGAGACUGCCGCGGCCGAAACAACCGCCGCCGAGGUGGCCGAGCCCGCCGAAGGUGCGGCUACGGAGACCGCUGCCGCUCAGACGGCGACUGAGACAGCUACAGAAACCGUCGCCGAGACUACUGCCGAGGCGACUGCUGAGACAACCGCCGCCGAAACCGCCGCCGAAACUACCGCGGAAGCCACUGCCGAGACGACGACCGUUGAGACCGCUGAGACCGCCAUCGAACCCGCAACCGAGACAGCCGCCGCGGAGACGACCACAGCCGUCGAGACGACAACAGCUGCCGAAGAAGCUACCGCCAGCGCUACCGAGACUGCCACAGCCACAGUCGGCAACAACGGCACCGACAACAACGCUGGCCGCGGCAAGGGCAAGGGUAAGGGCAAAGAAAACGGCAACGGCCGCGCUAAGGGGAACGGCAAAGGAAAAGGAAAAGGCAACGCCCUCAACCUGCAGGACCUCCUCAACUUGCUCACCGGCGCCGCAGGCAACGGAACAGGCAACGCACUCAACCUUGAGACACUCCUGCAGCUCCUUACUGGUGAGGGCCAGGGUCAGGGCCAGGCACAGAACAACGGUGCGGUCCCUGUCCCCCAGCUGGAGGCUAUCCUGCGGCAGAUUGAACAGGCGCAGCGGCAGGCUCAGGAGGCGGAAGGGGAAGGUCGGGAUUCUCAGAAGGCCGGAUUGUAUUCUCGGCGCAGGGCGUUCAUCGGGCUUGGUCCCUUGAUGACACCAUGCCGGAGCUAG